AUGUCCACACUGUCGAGCAAGAAGCUCAUCCUCGUCAUCGGCGGGACAGGCGCGCAGGGCCUCGCGGUCGUCGACGCGCUGCUCAAGCCCGCCGCGGACGGCGUGCCGUCCCCGUAUGCGGUGCGCGUCAUGACGCGCGAUCCCGCCAACCACCGCGCUCGCGACCUGGUCGCAAAAGGCGUCGAGGUCGUUCAAGGCACCACCGACGACUUCACGAGCGUGAUGCGCGCGAUGGAGGGCGCGUACGGCGCGUUCGUGAACACGGACAGCUUCACGAUCGGGGAGGAGAAGGAGGUCUACACGGGCAUGCGGCUCUUCGAGGCCGCGAAGCAGCUCGGGACGCUCCGCCACUACGUCUGGAGCGGGCUCGACUAUUCGUUCAAGAAAGGAGGAUACGACCCGAAGUACCGUGUUGUGCACCACGACGCCAAGGCGCGCGUGGGUGACUGGAUGCGCGCGCAACUGUCCGUCGUGGGCGACACCGACAUGUCCUGGACCAUCCUCUCGACGAUGGUGUACAUGGAGAUGCUCAACGGGCCGAUGAUGGGCCCGCUCAACAAGCGCGCCGACGGCACCUACGUCUUCGCCUCCCCCAUCGGCGCCGGCGCGGUCCCGAUGGUCUCCCUCGCGGACGUCGGCUUCUUCGCGCGACACAUCUUCGACCACCGCGCGGCGACCUCCGCGCGCGAGCUCGAGAUCGCGAGCGCGCGCGUCGACUGGCCCACGCUCGUCGAGACGUUCGCGCGCGUGACGGGCAAGCCCGCCGUCUACCUGCCGCUCGGCGCGGAGGAGUGGUUCGCGCUGUGGGAGGCGGAGAGUAUCGCGCGCCCGCUGGCGAGCGAGCGCGCGGGGCCGGACGGGUCGACGACGUGGCGCGAGAACUUUGAGUGCUGGUGGGCACAGUACCGGGACGAGGUGAUCACGCGGGACUGGGCGUGGCUGAGGGAGGUGCAUCCGGGCGGGCACACCCUGGAAAGCUGGAUGCGGGAGACGGGGUACACUGGGGACUUGGACUUUGGGUUCAUGAAGAGCGUGGAGGACGGGAAGGGACCGCGGUUGAACAUAGAGCGGAUCGCCGCACUGUGA